AUGCAGCUCCCUCCAACCUCUGUGAUACUCUCCUGGCCCAAGCCGAACUAUGUGAAUCCGACAGACGUCCGCCGGGCCCUCAUAAUUAUUAUGAACUCGAUAUUCGCACCCUUGACGCUUGCAGUUGUUAUCCUCCGCAUAUUCAGUCGCAUCCAUGUAUCGAAGAGCUUUGGCUGGGACGAUAUAUUUAUAAUCAUCGCCGUGAUACCUGCACUUGGCUGCGGUGUCAUUGCUGAUCUGGCCUCGGUCAAGUUUGGUUGGAGUCGACAUGUCUACGAUGUGCCAUUCAACCACCUCGUCAUAGGGCUAAAGUUUACUAUGGCAAUAGAGUGCCUUUUCGCUGUCGGCUGCUCAUUCACCAAGCUCUCGCUACUAUGUUUUACUCGAAAGAUCACAGCGGGCAUAAAUUCGCUCACCCUGUGGUGGCUUAUCGUAGCCAAUAUGGCCAUAGUCACGACAGAAAUGAUAGUCUUUUGUAUAGUAGCUGUUUUUACAUGCCGCCCCGUCUCCGCCUACUGGACACUCUCGACUAAACCUCAAGAGUGCAUAAACGAAACUGCACAUCUCUUAGGUGCCAGUAUACUGAAUACCGUCACCGAUUUCUGCGUCGUUAUGCUGCCACUUCCCACUAUCAUGACACUUAGGUUACCUACCCAACAACGUGUCAUGCUCGCUUUCCUCUUCGGCGCCGGCUUUAUAGUCUGCAUUGCUGGCUGCUUUAGAUCAUAUUUCCUUCACAAGCUGAAUACGUCGUAUGAUAAAACGUGGGCUGGCUAUCCCCUCUGGAUUGCCGGAACGAUUGAGAUGUAUCUUGGUGUCAUCGCUGCCUCGCUGGCAUCUCUCAAACCGUUUGUCGCGCGCUACUUCCCCAGCAUCCUCGGCUCCCAGCGGAGCGGACCCUCCUCCUACUCAUUCUUAAACUCUUACGUAUUACGACGCAGCGGACGCCGCCCCAUGGGCGAAAACAAGCCUGGAGCUGGAAUUUUCGACAGCUGCCAAACCGCUACUACCAUAUCUAGACAAGGCGAGGAAAUCGACCUUGGAACCGAGAAUUUUGACGGUUGCCAUACCGCUGCUACAAUAUCUAGACAAGGAGAGGAUGUGGAGCCUGGAGGACUAGAACCCGCUAGGGAAAAAGAAGAGGAAGUUGAGAUGAAUCGAAAACCAGCAGACAUCGAAUCAAGCAGUCUACCGAUCGCAUACAGACAAUUCUCUGUAGCUAGCAGACUCUCAGCGGCCGAUGUAUUCCACACACAGCUUCAAGACCCUUCAGCUGCCGCAAUCCACUCCGCGAUCCAAUCCAAUACCCUCGUCCCUCAAACCCUCACCGAGAAAAUCGUCCAGAAAUAUUCCGUUGGUUUGCCAGAGGGCAAAUAUGUCCGAUCAGGCGACUACGUUACCAUCUCUCCACAUCGAAUUAUGACCCAUGACAACAGCUGGCCCGUUGCGCUGAAGUUUAUGUCCAUCGGGGCGUCCAAGCUGAACGAUUCCAACCAGAUCGUCAUGACCCUUGACCAUGACGUGCAGAACAAGUCAGAGAAGAAUUUACAAAAGUACGAGCAAAUUGAGCGGUUUGCAAAGAGUCACGGUGUUGACUUUUACCCUGCCGGAAGGGGUAUUGGACAUCAAAUCAUGGUUGAGGAAGGAUAUGCUUGGCCAGGGACCUUGGUGGUAGCUUCAGACAGCCAUUCCAACAUGUAUGGAGGCGUGGGAUGCUUGGGAACACCUGUUGUGAGGACUGAUGCGGCCAGCAUUUGGGCCACAGGAAAGACCUGGUGGCAGAUUCCCCCGGUUGCCAGAGUGAAUUUUACCGGGGUCCUACCCAAAGGUGUGACCGGAAAGGAUGUCAUCGUUGCUCUUUGUGGGUUGUUUGACAAGGACGACGUGCUCAACCAUGCUAUUGAGUUUACUGGAUCGGAAGAGACCAUGCGCAGCUUGGAGAUUGACGACCGAUUGACGAUAGCCAACAUGACCACUGAAUGGGGAUGCCUCUCAGGCUUAUUCCCUGUGGACUCUAUGUUGAAGGGAUGGCUACGAGCAAAGGCAACCACGGCAGCCAUGUGGGGUUCAACAGUUGGCGAACUCCCAAGCACAGCAGCUACUCGAUUCAACCAUGAAAUACUAGAGGAAAUGUUUGAGAAGCCUUUGGUUGCCGACAAGGGAGCUCAGUAUGCUAAAAAGCUCCACCUUGACCUAUCUACCCUUACCCCCUACGUCGCCGGGCCCAACUCAGUCAAGAUAGCGACGCCCCUGAAUGAGCUUGAAGCACAGGAUAUCAAGGUUGAUAAAGCAUACCUGGUGUCCUGUACCAACUCGAGAGCUUCCGAUCUCGCGGCUGCGGCGAAGGUGUUCAAGGAAGCUGCUGAGAAGAAUGAUGGCAGAGUUCCAAAGAUCGCCAACGGUGUUAAGUUUUAUAUUGCCGCUGCAUCGAUACCAGAGCAACGCGCCGCGGAAGAGGCUGGUGACUGGCAGGUCCUUCUUGAUGCUGGUGCUGAGGCCCUACCAGCUGGCUGUGGGCCAUGCAUUGGUCUUGGAACUGGCUUGUUAGAACCGGGUGAAGUUGGUAUUAGUGCAUCAAACCGCAACUUCAAGGGACGAAUGGGCAGCACGGAAGCGAAAGCCUACCUCGGCAGUCCUGAAAUUGUUGCAGCCAGUGCCUUGAGUGGAAAGUUAAGUGGUCCCGGCUGGUAUGAGAAACCCGAAGGCUGGACUGGCGUCGUUCGCGGAGAAGGAGAGGGAAUCAAGGAUGACGACCUAUUGACUGCCGAGCAGGCCCUAGAAAAGGUCAUCGGGCAGCUUGAUGGCCUACUCUUCGAUGCUGAGAAGAUGUUUGGUGCUGAGGAACCACAAGUACAGCCAGAAGAAACCACUGCACUGACGGAGGUAUACCCCGGUUUCCCCGAACGCGUUUCAGGAGAAAUCAUCUUCUGCGACAGCGACAACAUCAACACAGACGGCAUUUACCCUGGAAAAUACACAUACCAGGAUAACGUCUCUGUCGAGCAAAUGGGCGAAUACUGCAUGUCCAACUAUGAUACUGAAUUCUCCAAGAUCUCUAAAGAAGGAGAUAUCCUCGUGACAGGAUAUAACUUCGGCUGUGGAAGUUCUCGCGAGCAAGCAGCUACCGCUAUCCUGGCCAGAAAAAUCCCGCUCGUCGUUUCGGGCAGUUUCGGCAACAUUUUCUCCAGGAACAGUAUCAACAAUGCGCUUAUGGGGUUGGAAGUCCCGCGUCUGGUCAGCAGGCUACGAGAGACAUUUGGCGGACAGGGUAAACAGCCAACCAGACGAACUGGCUGGAAAUUAACGUGGGAUGUACGACGAAGCCAGAUUGAGGUUCAAGAAGGACCAGAUGGACCGAAGUGGACGCAGAAGGUGGGAGAGCUGCCUCCAAAUGUGCAGGAGAUCAUAGCUCUUGGAGGACUCGAGAAAUGGGUGAAGAACUCCAUCUCCACCUCUUCUUAG